AUGGGCGGCAGCAUGGCAGCACCGUCAAGGUCCGCCAUCUUUUGGCUGGCGAUUAUGCUCUACCUGGGUGCAGCGCCGGCAAGAUCGGCGGCACAGCAGAGCAACAAUUUCUAUUUCGCGCAAUCGCAGGGCCGAUUUGUGCCAUCCUUCGAGAACCCCCGGAACGGAUUCUUCCCGUCGGCGCUCCAACGUCAGCAGCCUCCACCAGAUUCCUACCAGGAGCAGACGCUCUUCGUCAAUAGCAACAACGUGGACCGUGGCGCAGGCAACGGCAACGAUGGAGCUGGUUCGCGCGGCAUCACGCCUUCUUACUAUCAGUUCACCUACACGACCCCACGGAGUGCGGAUAUUUUCGAAAUAUCGCCGCGGCCGUUUUCCGCCACACCAUCCCCGAACGCCGGUUUCCAGUACUCGCGCAGUCCGCCGAGGAGCGACUUCUUCUCCAACGGACUCACGGCCAGUCGGAGUUUCCCGGCCACGAACCGUCAGCUAGCGUCGAGCUCACUCCGCAAGAGUCCCUUCAGCAGCUCGUCCAGCGGCUUUACGGAGCUUUCGACCACCGAACCGCCCCAGCGUCCUCCACCAGCAGCAACUUCUCCACCAUCCCCAUCAGAACCGGCGUCCGUGCGCGAUCGUCAGCUAUCGUACAUCUCGAACCGUGCGCGACCGUUCGCAAGCGAGGAUCAACAGCAGCAGCAACAGCAGCCUCCAACUCGAGCCUCGGCUUACCAGCGUCAGCAGUUGCCACGCAGCCCGGCGUCUGUGUCCGGCGGCACAAGGAACAGCUACUCCAGUUCUAGAUCCAAACCGACCGAUAGUGCACCGAGCGGACCUGGACGAUCUCCGGCUUCAAGCUCGUCCUCCGGACAGAACGGUACCUCGAAUGGUGGGCGCUUCGGAAGUAGCAGCGGCACGCAGAGCAGUCGAACGACUGCGCGACCGAAUCGCUAUCGAUCGAUUCCAACCACGACCGCAUCAACGACCACUGAGGCGGCCACAGAACGGACGACUACGGUAGAUAGUGCUGCCGUCCGGAAUCGUUUCAGCGGCAGGACACCGGCACCAAAUGCGUUCCGACAAACGUUCGAGGCAAAACGCGUCGCUCCAGUGAGCAGUGCUAUCGCACCGCGUGGAUCCUUCGCGAGCGCAAGCAAACCGAAAGCAACCACAACGACCACGACGACUACGACGACAACGGCGAAGGUGCCGGUCCUGUCACGUUUCAUCCACCAGCCGGCUAAGCCGAUCAUACCGAGCAUCAACAUCACGCACAACGGGUCCGCCAAGUCAGCUGAGGUGAUCUACGACUACGAUGACUACGAAGAGUCGAAAGAGUCGACCGGAUUCGAUGGCGCCAAGCAGCAGGAGAUCGGUAACCUUCAGCCGUCGGGACCCUUUGGGAAAAACAACUCAAUCGUGUUGUCGAGCGAAUCACACGAGAAAGCUCCCUCCGCUGGUACAGCAUCUAAUGCAGGUGUGAGAGGUCCUACGACCCCGACGGAUGGUGCCACGAAGAAUGAACUAGAUGACGUUCCGGAUGGGCGUUUAAACAACAUUAGUGAGAACGAGUACUACGACUCGGUGCGGGAACCAGAAACGGCUCCAGGCGAUGCAACAGGCGUUGAGGAUCACACGGUGAUCUUGACGGAUAACUUCUACCUGCCAAAUGGAGGCUCGGAGGAAACGUUCGAAGAGGAAGAGGAGGAACCGACGGGAUUGCAGCGGGAGAUCAACGGAACGGCCGAGCUGGGAGCUGAUCAACAGGAGAAGCUAUACGAUGAGGAGUACGUUUAUGAAGACGAAGAUACUAUCACGACAACGGUGCGCCCAACGGACCGGAAGACCGCACCAGUUCCAGCACCUCCAGCGACACAAGGCCAGCUGGACGAUGCCACUGAUAUGCUGCAGUUUUCAGACGAAGAUCUCAGAGAGGAUGAUCUUGCGGCAAAGCUGAGUGGCGUCCUAGGCACUAAGGAGACGUUACCCGAAGGUACACCGUCCACAUCCGCACCAACAAUCCGCACAGAGUCGACAACGGAAUCGAGCCUUUCGACAACGGAACGCGUAAUCAGUCCAAGUGAGGCGGAAGCCGCCACGAACGCCACCACGGAGAGCUGGGUUGUUGUGGCGUCGGUGCAGACGAGCCGUAGCGUUUCUGGAGCCCGUUUCCUGCCAUUCCCGCAGGUUGAGCAAGAAGAGAAGAAGCAACCACUGGCGGAACUUGAAUCGAAGGGCAGCAACGAAAGUGACGACCUGGAAGCUACGACGGCUAGCGGACUCAGCGAGGAUGGCGAAGGUGUGACGACUGUGGCCUCGCAGGAACCAGUCAUUGCCGUGACUGAUGAAGUGGAGUCCGUGACGACGGAGAAAACGCUGAUCGUACAGUCGACGGAGAGCAUCAUCGACAAGCUGGACCGAGUGCAGUCGGAGUUGUCAAGCGGCUUGUUUGCCGGGAAAUUCCCGGUGUUAAAGGAUCCAGCUGCAGAUGACCAGAAGGCGACUACAAGCUCGACCGCACUGCCACCGGUGGUCAUCAGGAAGUUCCAACCGAACGCGCGAGCGACGACUACGAAGAAACCACGGCCAGUGGUAACGACUACGGUGAAACCAACGACGCCGACCGACAGUUUAGUGAAGAAAAUCAAGUUCGAAACGAUCGACGACGUGUCGGCUCUACUACCGGCUGACUACAAGGCGAAGGCGGGCUUUAAGUUGAAGAAACCUAACACUACCAGCGAAACGGUGCCACCGACGAAGGACACUCCGCUUGAAGAGACGGCGAAACCCGAGCUGGCAGGACGAUACCGAAGUGCGAAUAUCAGUCGUUCGUACAAGAGCAACGUGCCGAUCCAGGAGCUGAGCUCGCUACUGCCGAAGGACUACAAGUUGAAUCACACCGAGGAAGACAUCAAGCACACGAACAAUCUGAAGGAGCUUAUCAGCAAGGUGAAGGUGAACGACAAGCCAAACCCCGCGUUGGACUUGCUGAAAAAGGCACAGAAAGUUGAUAUCAGUGCGUUCUUGCCGCCGGGUUACAAGGCCUCUGGCUCGGAGGUAAAGUCGGAAUCAACGACCACGAAGGCACAGGUGACGGUAGAGGAUGACGUGAGCAAGUUCCUUCCGCCAGGUUACAAAUCGUUUAAAACCACCAAGAAGCCCACGACUCCCGCCCCGGUGACUAUCCGAGAUGAUAUCAGUAAGCUGCUUCCGCCCGGUUACAAGCUUCCGAAGGGAUCUGCUACUGUGGACAGUACCUCGGAACGUCCCAAAGUGUUGUUCAACGACGACAUCAGUAAGUUCUUGCCUCCGGGAUACAAAGCGCCCGCUGACGAUGACUCCAAACCGGAGCCGGAAGUGAUCGAUCCAACAAGCCUGUUGAAGAAGAUCCAGUUCAAGGACGUAUCUGCGCUGUUGCCUCCAGGCUUCAGCGCGAACAAGACUGAAGAACAAGUGAGCACGGUCGCAACGGCCUCAGCACCUGGUGGUAGUGGAUUCAAGGUGGUUUUCCCAAGCCGACCAGGAGCGAAGAAACCGCUUCCUGGAGGUGCUGGUGCGGUCCGCGUGACAACACCCAAACCACUGCAUGCCGAGGGUCCAGGUGUUCCGGAGAUCCACAUCCGCAAGGGACCACCGACUCGGGCGACGACCGAGUUCACCGGCUGGCCGACACCGUCGACAACACCACUCUCGAUCGAGAAGCUGCUGGAGCAGCAGAAGCAACAGGAACUGCUCGAGAAGCUGCUCGCGCAAUCCAGCAGCACCUCUACGUCGACGACGACAACGACAACGACGACGACCACCACCACGACACCGAGACCAACGGAACCGGGCCUGUGCCACUCGGAGUGUGAUCUAGCCGGCACGAUACGUAUCGUCGACGGAGUCAAGUGGGUCCCGGAGUUGCUGGACCACAACACGGCUGAGUGGAAGAAGCUGGCACGCGAGGUGGAGACGGAACUGAACGAGGUGUACAGCAAGGCGAAGAACCUGAGCAGCUGGUACAAGAAGGUGCGCAUCGAUAGCUUCAAUAAGGGCAGCGUGCUGGUCGACUACUUUGUCGAGCUUUCGGAUCUGUCACGUGACGUCAACACACUCGAAAUCCGCAAGAUGUUCCACGAGGCGCUGGUGCCGGUACCAGAGGCGACCACAACAACCACAACACCGGCGACAAACGAGGACGAUUACGACGACGAGAGCGAGAUGCCUAGGGAGAAAGUUCAGCGGGAAAACUUGCAAGCUCCGGUGCCACGCGUUAAGGAAGUUUUCCAACUGGGGAAGUUCCGGGUCGAUCCUGUGUACACCGAUUUCACAGUCAUCCCAAAACCGAUUAUUGCAACGGGUCCGGUUAUCGAGGACGAUCUGUUCCUGCCUCAGUGGGCUAUCGCUGUUAUCGUGAUCGGUCUAGCAUCGUUGUUGUUCGUUAUUUUGUUCGGUGUAACAGUGCUUAUCAACCGUCAGAAGGCCUCCAAAAAGAAAGCCCCGACACCGCUCACCGCGGACAUGCUGAACGAAUUGAACAAGAACCACAUGGGAGGAAUCGAAAACUUCGGCUCCGAGGAUCUGUACAACCUGGACGAUGCAUGGGACGAUCGUAUGCACGACGUGAAGCCAAAGCGGUUCUCCAACUCGAUGCAUGGCAGCAGUGCCUCCAACAUCUACGAUAGUUGGCGAUCGCAGCGGCAUCCGGAGAACUACUUUUAUGAUGACUACGGAUUGAAGGGAUCGCAUUAUCCGCCGAGUGGCCACCACCAUCGGUUACACGAUCCGGCGUUUAUGAUGCACGAGCCGCCACCACCGGUGAUGGCGAUGUACCCGCCGUACCAUCACGCACCACCACCGCCUAACAGUCAUCACUUCAGCAACAGCUCGCGGCGAUACUACCGGGACUACGAUCCGAACUUCUGA